UCCACAAGGACAAAACAUGAAAGACUCCAGCGAGAUGUGAAUGACAGCAAUAAACUGAGGGCAAAGGAAGGAACUGAGGCUGAUAACAAAGCGGAACAGAGCAGGAACUUUCAUGCUACCUAAAUAACGUUUUCAGAAAUGUUUAAGAUUUUGUAAACUGCGUGUCAGAUUAUGGAUUUACUGAGUGUAAUCGCGUUGUUUGCACUGAUCACAGCUCAGUGUGCGCGAGCAACGCCGCCGAACUUUGUGCUGCUGUUCGCCGAUGAUUUGGGUUACGGUGAUCUGGGGUGUUUCGGACACCCGAGCUCUCUCACCCCGAAUUUAGACCGACUGGCGGCGCGCGGGCUGCGUUUUACCGACUUCUACGUCACGAGUUCCGUGUGCAGCCCCUCCAGUUCCCAUUUCCUUGUUUUUGCCUGGUCUCUCCAGCACACACACUACCCUCAGUAUGCAGGUGCAGACUAUGCAGGGAAGUCUCCCCGUGGGCCGUUCGGUGACUCUCUGAUGGAGUUUGAUGGCACUGUGGGGAAGAUUCUGCAAACUCUGGAGGAGACGGGUGUGAUCAACAACACUCUCAUCUUCUUCACUGGUGACAACGGGCCAGAGCUCAUGCGGAAGUCUCGUGGGGGAAACGCAGGACUGAUGAAAUGUGGCAAAGGCACGACUUAUGAAGGAGGAAUGAGAGAGCCGGCCAUCGCAUAUUGGCCUGGAUCCAUCCAACCAGGUGUGACCCGUGCUCUGGCCAGCUCUUUGGACAUUCUGCCCACCUUUGCCAAACUGGCUGGAGCUGCGUUACCUGAUGUUCAACUGGACGGGGUCGACAUGACAAACAUCCUGUUGAAUUACGGACCAGUAAGAGAAAAAAUUAUCAAAAUUUAUGGACAGCCUCAAAUGUAG